GCCAGUGGAAAGAUCCAUACUACCAAAUCUUUAGUGUUUUUUUUGUACGGUUAAUUCCAUCAUUUAUUAUAUCCAACCAUCGGUCGGACAAUUGAACCAACGGUGUUUCGUUUGUAGUUCACCGUUAGAUCCCGAACUUCACCGAGUGCACUGGGUCCAUUCCAAUAUCAGAAAUCUCUUGGAAUACAGUUGACAGUUAAACAUUGAUUGGUGAUAUAAAAAUAGUAUUUGAAGAUGUCAAACGUGAGAAGCAGUAAGAAAUCACCUCCAGAAGGUUGGGAACUGAUUGAACCGACCCUGGAGGAAUUGAAGCAGAAGAUGAGAGAAGCCGAAACCGAACCACACGAAGGCAAACGAAAACAAGAAUCUCUGUGGCCCAUAUUCAAAAUUCAUCACCAGAAAUCCAGAUAUAUUUACGAUCUAUUCUACAGAAGGAAGGCUAUUAGCAGAGAGUUAUAUGAUUACUGUCUGAACGAGAAAAUAGCAGACAAGAAUCUCAUUGCAAAAUGGAAGAAAGUGGGAUACGAAAACUUGUGCUGCCUCACCUGUAUUCAAACCAGAGAUACAAACUUUGGGACCAAUUGUAUAUGCCGUGUGCCAAAGGGCAAACUUGAAGAAGGGAGAAUGGUUGAAUGCAUCCACUGUGGAUGCCGGGGAUGUUCUGGUUAAUUUUAAUGAAUUUAUAGUUAAUAGUUAUCUUAAGACUUGGGAAUUAUCAGUUGUAUAUAAAUCAAUUACUCUUGUAAAUAGUAAGAAUAAGAAUUGACGAAUAAAUGACACAUUAUUAUAGUAAUACAAA